AUGUUUAAUUUCAAAUGCCAAUGCUGCAUUGCAAAGCUGCAUUCUACUGUUUACGCUAUUUACAGCUCUGUGGCUGCCAAACAAACAACAAUGGAUGAAAACACUCAGGCACUGAUGUCUGCCGUUCUCCUGAUUGCAAUUAUGUGGGAGAUCUUCUCAUUGAGCGCCGAGGGAAUACAAAGCAGGAAGCAACGCGAUGAAAACGAAUGCAACCAGGGGCUUCUAGCCAUCAAACGGAAGGAGCUCUUCCUAAUGCUCAUCCUACUCAUACUGAUGGCCAUAUACUACCUGAUACACAUAUAUGAAGCCAGAUCGACUGCUAAUCCAGCAAUCAAUGAGCUUGCCAUCCACAUAAGAGGUGCCACACUCAAGUUGUUUGAAAUCACAAUCGAAGGUAUUGAAAAAAGCCUGCUUUUCCAUACAAUCAUGCUGUUCCUGCCUGCAAUUUCAUCCAAGAGGUUCAAGGAUCUUGGCUUUGAUGAGUAUGUAUUCGAAGCAGUUCUUGGAUCAAGGGCAUACGGCGGCAUACUGCUGUAUCCAAUCGUGUUUAUCGUUACCGGCAAGACUCUACUGGGAAACUACAUCGUUGAUGUCAUAAAUAACUCAGAAACGCUUCUGCUCAUUAUACUCUACUUUGCUCUGCUGAAAAAAAUCUCAAAGAUAUGCACUGCACUUUUGCAAAGACAGCUGCUCUCAAAGCCUGAGGUUGAACAGCUCAUAUUACUGGCCAGGAUCCGAAUCGGAGGGAUACUUGCAUACUUGCUCAUCAAACUCAUUCUGGAGAUCUGCAAAACAAUAGAGAUGCUUUUCUCAAGAUACUUAACACAAACACAUUCAAUCAGCUUCGCAAAAGCAAUGCUUUUUGUGCUGCUGUGCCACUUCUCAAUCAAACCAUUGAUAUUCCUCAACACAGGAGCAUACCUUGCAAUUCAGAGUGCCAAGAAUGCAAAACCACACAAAGUGCAGCAGCAUUUUAACAUGGUCGACAUAACACUCAUCCCAAGCAUCUAG